AUGUUUAGAGCUGGAUCAUUAUUGAAAAAUCAAAUCGCUAGAGGUAUUUCCAGACCUUUUGUUAGUAGCAAAGUUGCUGCCCUUAACUUACGUUAUUAUUCAUCAAAAUUUCCUGAUCAUGUUGUCAUUAAUAUGCCUGCUUUAUCACCUACUAUGACCCAAGGUAAUAUCGCAGGUUGGACUAAAAGUGUUGGUGACCAAUUAAGUCCAGGGGAAUCAAUUGCUGAAAUUGAAACUGAUAAAGCUGUCAUGGAUUUUGAAUUCCAAGAAGAAGGUUAUUUAGCCAAAAUUUUAUUAGAUGCUGGUGCUCAAGAUAUUCCAGUUGGUAAACCAAUUGCCGUUUACGUUGAAGAAAAGGGUGAUAUUGCUGCUUUUGAAGGUUUCACUGCUGCUGAUGCUGGUGAAGGUCCAGCUCCAGCUGCUGAAGCUCCAAAAGAAGAAAAAACCGAAGAAGCUCCAAAAGAAUCCAAAUCCGAAGCUCCAAAAUCAUCAACUCCAACUAAAGCUCCAACUGAUAGAAUUAUUGCAUCACCUUUAGCUAAGACCAUUGCCUUAGAUAAAGGUAUUUCAUUAAAAGAAGUUAAAGGUACUGGUCCAAAUGGUAGAAUCAUUGCUAAAGAUGUUGAAAACUUCAAACCAGCUGCUUCAUCAGCUCCAGUUUCAUCAGCUCCAGCUGCUGCCACUUAUGAAGACAUUCCAUUAACUAACAUGAGAAAAGUUAUUGCUUCAAGAUUAUUACAAUCAACCACUGAUAUUCCAUCAUACUUUAUUUCAUCAACUAUGUCAGUUAGUAAAUUAUUGAAAUUAAGACAAUCAUUAAAUGCUACUGCUGAAGAUAGAUAUAGAUUAUCUGUUAAUGAUUUAUUAAUCAAAGCCAUUAGUGCUGCUGCUUUAAAAGUUCCGCAAGUUAACAGUGCUUGGUUAGGUGAUCAAGGUGUUGUUAGACAAUAUUCUAAUGUUGAUGUUUCAGUUGCCGUUGCUACUCCAACUGGUUUAAUCACCCCAAUUGUUAAAAACGCUCACGCUAAAGGUUUAGCCACUAUUUCCAAAGAAGUUAAAGAAUUAGGUAAAAAAGCUAAAGCUGGUAAAUUACAACCAGAAGAAUUCCAAGGUGGUACCAUCUGUAUCUCAAACUUAGGUAUGAACCCAGCUGUCAAUAACUUCACUUCAAUUAUUAACUUACCACAAUCAGCUAUCUUAGCUAUUGGUACUGUUGAAAAGAAAGCCGUUCCAUCUGAUGCUAAUGAACAAGGUUUUGUUUUCGAUGAUGUUAUUACCAUCAAUGGUACUUUCGAUCACAGAAUUACUGAUGGUGCUUUAGGUGGUGAAUUCAUCAAAGAAUUGAAGAGAGUUGUUGAAAACCCAUUAGAACUCUUACUUUAA